AAUGUAUUCCAAGGCCUUUUCUAUCGGUUGGGUGGCUUGCCUACUGGCUGGCCUGACCACAGCGCAGAGUUCUGAGCAGCAUCCACUGCUUCCUACCUGGAAAUGCACUUCCUCGGGUGGCUGUGUGCAGCAGAACACUUCCAUUGUGCUUGACAAGGAUUCCAAGUAUGCCCAAGGUGCCCCAGGCUCAAGAACGAAAGCCGAUUACGCCGCCAUGGGAGUUUCCACCUCUGGAAACGCCCUAAGCUUGUCCCACUACGUAAGAUCAGGUAACCAGCUCAAUCCCGCCUCUCCACGCGUUUACCUUUUAGGCGACGAUGGCAAAUAUGUCCUGAUGAAUCUUCUCGGCCAAGAGAUCUCCGUGGAUGUCGACUACUCGGAUGUGCCUUGCGGAGAAAAUGGAGCUUUCUAUCUCUCUGAGAUGGCUGCCGAUGGCAGAGGGAACGCUGCAAGCGGUACUGGUUACUGCGACGCCCAAUGCCAGGGAUAUUGCUGCAAUGAGAUGGAUAUUCUCGAGGCAAACGCCAAGGCAACGGCUAUGACAGGUCAUCCGUGCAAUGGCAACAAUUGCGACAAAGGCGGCUGCGGAUACAACCCAUACGCGAGCGGGCAGCGCAACUUUUGGGGAGUUGGCCAGACUGUCGACACAUCGAAGCCAUUCACAGUCGUUACGCAGUUCCAGGCCAACGGUGGCAGGCUGUCGACAAUCACGCGGACUUAUAUUCAGAACGGAAGAAAGAUCAACAGCGGCUCCAUUAACAACUGUGGCUCUGAAAGUUCCACUGGCGGUCUAGUCGGCAUGGGCGCGGCUCUUGGACGUGGAAUGGUGCUGGCAAUCAGUAUCUGGAAUGACGCCACUCAGAAUAUGGCUUGGCUUGACUCUGGUAACAACGGUCCCUGCCGUAGCGGAGAGGGAACUCCGGGUAAUAUUCAAAACCAGCACCCUGGAACUCACGUGGUCUUCUCGAACAUAAAAUGGGGGGACAUUGGAACUACUACGUCAGCACACCCGUUGAUUACUGCUGCCUUGUGCUGUCCCCCCAACUUUCUCUCCGCUCGCCAUUUGCACCAUUCCUCUACCAGAUCUUACGCAUAUUCUUGUAUCACUACUUCACAAUUAGCAACUGCGAAUCGCUUACGCAUUGUUAUUAAGAUGCCCAUGUUUACCCUUAGAAAUUCUUCUGCAGAAGCGUCCAAAUCCCCAGAAAUUCAGCUCGACAGCUCGGAUACAGAACACUGGCGAUCAUUGAUCGACGAAUAUGCUCAAGAUAAACAAAAAGCUUCAAUUCUUGCCUGGCUAGCAGCAGCCGGCAAACCUGUACACAUACGAGCUUUGAACACGGCUGUCGCUCUCUUUAAUAAGCCUGGAUGCUCAACGUUAGCCGAGUUGGACGAGCACAAUCCGCUAUUGACCGAGGAAUCACUGAAAGAAGCUGUCGGUGCGAUUGUACGGAUUAAGGGUGAUAAGGUUUCUUUGCAAGAGAAAGCCGGAAGUUACUUCGCAACCGACCGGCCUCUUCACUAUCUCCCCUUCUGGGACUCAAAAGGCCUAGAUUUCUCUAUUGUCAAAGCAUUCGUCACAUAUCUCAGCUUAGAUGAUUUCCGGGACCUUCCGUUGCCUACCGAUUGGAAAGGUAUGAGAUCGGACCUACACAAAUCAGAUCCGUUUCUGACAUAUGCGUCGUGUAACUGGCACAAGAUUGAUCUAACUGUCGACGAUGCGAAAGCGCUCGAGCCCAGGCUGGACACCAUCAUAGACCCGACAAAGAAAAACGUGUAUUUGUGGACUGAUCAGAGCUGUGGACGGAGCAGCUCCGGGGGUCCACGAGAAUAUAUUCACAGUCGUGCAGAGAUCGCGAUCAAGUAUGAUAUUCGAUGGCUGGCUGUCCAUCUCAUAGAGUCGGCUUCGGAAGAUCUGGAGAACAUGUUUCCUGCUAGGGAUCUACCAACAGUGGUGAGGAAAGCUCCGAAAGUUUUCCAAUUAUUGUUGGACCGAAAACCAGAGUAUUACCGACCAAAGAUCAACCGUAGAAUCCUCAUGGAGGUUGCCAAGCUUAGGAAUGAGAGCGCUGAAACAUUACAGCUGCUUCUUGGAGAUUCAUCGGAUUUGAAUCUACCGGUCGUUUUUCUGAGAGAGGUGGCUGGUAACAUGAACGGAGAUCAGAUGUUCAAAUUCCUAUUCAGCAAGAAGGAAAACUUUCCAAUUACGACCAGUAUGCUCCACGAGGCAGCUCGCAAUAGUGAAAGUAGCGGAGACAAGAUUCUUGGUCAGUUCUUCAACUACGACACCAGCAUUCGUGUGGAUGAAGAAACUCUCAAUACCGCAUUGCGUAAUGGGAGCCACAGCCGCCUCGAGAUAAUUCUAGCACAUGACCCAGAUGCUCCCAUAACUUCGAAAACGCUGGAUACUGCCAUGAGCUCAGCAAUCGAAAUAGGGGAUCUCAAAUAUGUUCUCGACACAAAACCCGAUCUGCUCAUACCGCCGGAUGUAGUAGAGUACGCUGCAGCAAAUAAUCGGGAAGGUGCCAUCAAGAUGUUGUUUGAAAAUCGGAAAGAUCUCAAGGUGACAGAGGCAAUUCUCAAGAAAGCUGCUCACAGCGAAGGUCACGAAAUUGCCAUGACGGAGUUUCUUCUCAGCCGCAGCGAGCCGGAACUGAUCACCUAUGAUGUUGUGCUGCGUGCAAUACGUCGUCCGAAUUCCCCACAUAAAAUGGUCGCAAUUCUUCUCAAGCAUAAUGACGAGAUCCAAAUCACAGACGAGUUCUUGAUCGCUUCGCUCGGCGACUGGGACGGCAAAACACUCGAUAUCCUCCUCAAUCACAGCGGGGGCACAGAAGUACCCAACGAGGUUGUGGACAAAGCCAUAUACGUAGAAAAGUGUAGACUCAGCUGGACGUGGCGCGACCCAACGAAAGAAAUGCCAUCUCUACUGAAAACCCUCCAAAGAAGGGUACCCGAGGACCCCUAUCUUCAAAAACUCCUCGCUGAAACCGACUUCACACCCCCACCCCCGAAAAGCCCAGAUUUGACCCCAAAGCCAUAUCAAGUUCCGGAUGCGGCCAAGAACAGCGACAUAGGGCGGUUGAAGACCCUACUGGACCAGGGAAUCGAUGUUGACACUCUACAUGGUAGUUCUUGCGGUUGUGACCGAAACAAGGGCCAUGGGACCGCUCUUCAAAGAGCGGUGAAACAACGAGAUUUCGAAAUGUCGAAGCUACUCCUUGAGUAUGGAGCCGACCCGAACUUGCAGGGCGGUGAAUUCGGAAACCCGCUUCAAGAAGCAGCCAAGGCAGGAGAUUUGCAACUCGUCGAACUGCUCAUAGCCCAUAAAGCAGAUGUCAACCUCCAGGGAGGCAUGCGCGGUAGCCCACUGAUAGCCGCUGCUAGAAAUGAUGAUGCGAAGAUUGUGCGAUACUUGAUCGAGCACGGUGCUGAUGUGAAUAUUGCGGAUGAUCACGGCUGGACUCCAUAUCUGCAUGCAGUAGCUUUUGAAAGUUGGGACGCGACUCGUGCACUGCUGGAGGUGGACACUUCCCUACGAGCACUAGGGGAGCUUAUCGCCCUGCCCCCGAGUAAACUCGUAAAAUUCAAAGAUGGAUCUCCCGGGGAGAUAAGUGAGGAUGGAUUGACGGUCACAACGGAUACCGUCGAUUCAACUAAACUGCGCAAACGCAUCUUCUUCUGCGCAGACCAUCCGAUUAUUUCCACCUCACCAUUCUACUUCGAAAUCAGUAUUUCCCGAUUCGGUGGAGAAGGUAUAAUCACUAUGGGUGUCGCUACUCUCCAAUUCAUCAAGCCAGAUCAUAACAGGUGGAGGUACUCCAGCUCCGACGACGGCUCAUGGGAAUACCACGGGAACACCGGCCACAUAGUUGAGGAAGGGGACAUCUUGCCCCAUGUCUCGUACCCCACGUACGGUGCAAACGACGUUGUCGGUUGCGGAGUAGAUUUCGAGGCCCGGACGAUUUAUUUUACGAAAAACGGAGUUAGGUUGGAUAGAGAGAGUGGUGUGGCGUUUCACAUGUUUGAAGAAGGACUUUUAUUCCCUAUCAUUGGGAUUGGAAGUCAGGAUGCUGAGGUUAGCGUUAAGUUUGGUGAUGGAGAGGCGUUCAUGUAUAAGGGGUAG